GGCGGUGGUUUAUGAUAUGCUGAAACGCGGAAGAUAAGAAAAUUGCAGUUUUUUGCGAAUGUCGCUGGCGAUGUUAGCAGCUGUUCCUUGUUCAUACGCCGCCGUCGAACCGGUAACGGAACAACGCCAGGUCUCGGCAAAAAGCCAGAGGAAGAACAGCACCGCCGGUUUUGGGGCCAAGAAAAGGGAACCUCUUUGGCAGUGCGUAAAGAAUUGUGGUGCGUGUUGUAAGCUGGAUAAAGGACCCAACUUCCCCUCCCCUGAAGAAAUCUUCGAUGAUUCUUCUGAUAUUCAACUAUAUAAAUCUUUGGUGGGUUCUGAUGGAUGGUGCAUACACUUUGAGAAAAGCACAAGAACAUGCUCCAUAUACUCCGAUCGGCCGUAUUUUUGUCGAGUUGAGGCAGAUGUUUUUGAAACUUUAUACGGGAUUGAUAAGAAAAAGUUCAACAAGGAAGCUUGCAGGUUAGAUUAUAAUGGCACUGGCAUUAGCUGCAUAGAUACAAUAAAAGUUGUUCAUGGGUCUGAAUCAAAGGAGUUGGAGAAAUUCAAAAAGGCUAUUAGGAGCUAAGCUACAGCUGUUCUUUCCCUAAUGGAAACCUUCAUUGUCUUGACAAAGAUUACAAAUGUAUUGAAGAAUUAUUGGCCUUGAUGAUAAUUUUGAGUUAAGUCUUCAGAUUAGGUAUUGUAUUGAAGAAUUAUUAGCCUUGAUUUUCAUACCAUCAAAUUUAAUCAUGGGUGAA